UUUCUGCUGGCUGUCAUGGCCUAUGACCACUAUGUGGCCAUCUGCUCUCCUCUGCUCUACUCCACCAACAUGUCCCUUAGAAUCUGUAUUCUCUUAGUAGGGAUUUGCGACCUACAUGGAUAUGUGAAUGCUUGGACAUUUACUGGCUGUUUAUUAAGUCUAUCCUUCUGUGGACCAAAUAAAAUCAAUCACUUUUUCUGUGACUAUUCACCACUUCUGAAGCUUUCCUCUUCUCAUGAUUUUACUUCUGAAAUAAUUCCAGCCAUUUCUUCCAGCUCCAUCAUUGUGGUCACUGUGUUUAUCAUUGUUCUGUCUUAUGUCUAUAUCCUUUUCUCAAUCCUGAAGAUCCACUCCACCCAGCAGAGCCACCAAGGCUUCUCCACCUGCACCUCCCAUCUCACAGCAGUCACUCUCUUCUAUGGGACCAUUGCAUUCAUUUAUGUGAUGCCCAAGUCCAGCUACUCAACUGAACAAAACAAAGUGGUGUCUGUGUUCUACACGGUGGUGAUCCCAAUGUUGAACCCCCUUAUCUACAGUCUGAGGAACAAGGAGGUUAAAGAGGCCAUGAGAAAAUUGGGAACAUAUUGGUGGUACUAA